AUGAUUUCGCAUGGACAGACACCAAGAUGGGAACUAGAUCAAUACAAGAAACAGGAUGCAAUUAUUUGGACAUACAAUGGACUAGAUGAAUAUAUAACGAAUAUGGAUGGAACUUGUCUAGAUGAACAUGUAACGGAAUUCUUGUUGAUGAACCAAAUACAGACAUUACUUGAUUAUAUGAUGCAUCUACUUUUGUACCUAUUAACCCAAUGGAUGAACUUACUAGUAUUGCAUUUGUGUCUUCUUAUGGUAGUAGGUAGUUCUUCAGGUCAUAUGUUUCGGAUACUCUGUGGUUCCCUCUUUUGGGAGACAUUUGGCAGAGAUCAUCAUUGGAUCCAAUUCACUCGGAGAACUAAGAUACAAUCGAUCGGAAAAACUCACGUGUCUUUGACUGGAAAGAAUGUCAAUGGUUUUUUAAGAUACACAAUGUUGGAUAGACAAUUAUUAGUAAAUGCAGUUUUGAAUUUAUUGAUGGAUGACAAGCGGGAAUCAUAUCGUCUACAGUGGCGUGAUUGGUACAAUCCGGUAUUGGAAAAAAAAAAGUCUUUUUGGAUGAAAUAUCAAGUGAAACAUGGCCAUACUUCUGAAGUGAUAUACUUUUCGGACAAUAGUAAACCUAUAACAAUGGAUGGCUUGGAUGGCUUUGAUGAUUUAUAG